AUGACCGAAGACACUCGUUCCCGGCCAGUUGUCGCAGAGGCCAUUGCCCAAGAAGGUGUUCAAACCGCCGAGAAAGGUGUAGCGGACCGUAGACCGGCAAUUCUGUCUUUAGGAGAAGAUGUUUAUCCCGAAGGCGGAUGGCGGGCCUGGUGCACCGUGCUAGGCGCGCUACUUGCACAGUUGUGCAGUUAUGGCUAUACCGUAUCAUUUGGAGUUUAUCAAGAGUAUUAUACAACGGAUUACCUCAAGAACGAGCCAGCUUCUGCAAUUUCAUGGAUCGGUAGCGUCAAUGCGUUCCUCUUUGAAGCUUCUGGCAUCGUCGCCGGACGGCUUUAUGAUCGAGGAUACUUCUACCAUCUCGUCUACGGAGGAUGCCUGAUGCAAUCACUCUCGCUCUUCAUGCUUUCUUUAGCAAAGCCCGACCAGUAUUACCAGAUCUUUCUCGCGCAGGGAGUAGCCUCAGGCAUAUCCUCCGGCGUCCUUUUUAUACCCACGAUGGCCAUCGCCUCCCAGUACUUCUUCAAGCGUCGCGCUCUGAUGAUGACCCUCGUCUCGUGCGGGGCGGCCCUCGGAUCAAUCGUCUUCCCAAUCCUACUAAACAAUAUGCUAAAUGGACCAAACGGUGGCUUCGGAUUCGCAACGAGCGUUCGAGCGAGUGCAGCUGUCGUUGCGGGGUUCUUGUUCAUCGCGUGUUGCCUCAUGCGUACACGUGCCGAAUAUUCUGAGCCUGCGACGAGCUCCAACUAUGGGAAGACUACAAAGCGAUGUUUCAAGGAUGUUGCGUAUAUGCUAGGAAUAUCCGGCACAAUGAUUUUCGGAGUAGUGAUGUACUAUCCGAUCUUCUACCUCCAGCUCGACGCCGUCUCGCACAACAUCGACUCGACGUUCUCCUUCUGUUCACUCGUCAUCAUGAAUGCCUCAAGCUUCGCGGGCCAGCUGGUUGCGGGUUUUCUAGCCCAUCCUAUGGGGACGCUGAACGUAUUGAUCGCUUCCAUGAUCGGAGGAAGCGCAACUAUCUUUGGCAUGAUGGGUUUAACCAUGAUUCCAGGUGUAGCUGUCUUCGCAGUGGUGUAUGGCGUCUUCUUCGGCAUUUUCAUUGCUAUGUGGUCGCCAUCGAUGGCGGCGCUUACACCUGAUCACGAUGAACUUGGUGUGCGAAUGGGUAUGGGCUGUGCCGGGAUGGCCAUAGGUGCUCUUGUUGGUACACCGAUUUCGGGUGCACUCCUAGGUAGUAGUUAUGCUUGGUGGAAGCCGGGAUUAUUCAAUGGGGCGAUGGGACUUGUCGCGUGCGCUCUUGUCAUUGGCAUGCGGCUCACUACUGGAAGACCACACCUCAGGGGUUUACCCUCCGACUCAUAA